CCAGUUAUACUACAAGAUAUCCGUGGACUUUAUAAUUACGAAAUUAUUGUAUGAAAGGAUAAAUUUCACCAUGUUUAAUUUAUUAUGUCAUAGAGUGUUGGCAAAAAAAAAAUUAGGUUUUGUGUUAGACAGUCUAUUUUUAAAGACAGAAUUAGAGACAGGAUGUUUUCUAAUCAGUUAAUUACUCAAGAACUGUUCAGCAGAGGUCAAAGCUCACAAGAGCAGAGUAACCAAAAUGACUUUUCCCAACUUCAGCAUGCACAGUUUACACAGUUUGAUAUGACACAACCCCAGUCACAAGAUUUCUUUUCUCAGGACCAGUGUUCAGCAGGAUCUAAUUCGCAGUCUCAAGGAAUGAGAGCUCCUGUGUUAGACAAGUACAUGCCCAAGACAUCUUUGUUCAAAAGCAAUAGUCAGAGUAGGAUCUCCACAUUAAGUAGACCAAGUCUAGGAGAGAACCAAGUUUUGAGAAAAAAAAACAACAGACCCAAUAUUCAGACAUGUAACUUCCAGCAACAGCUUUCAAUACAGAAAAUGAAACCUGAAGAGAGGGAUGAAAGGGAUUUGCUGAGCAGUAUUGUCAGUAUGGUCCAGGAAUGUACUGAAAAGAGAGAUGAAAAGAUUUAUGAGUUGCUGCAGCUGAAAAAGUGUAAUGAAGGAGAAUCAUCAAGUUUGCUGAAUUCUUUGAAAACAUUCAUCUUAGAGCAGCAGUCCCAAAGUGAACAGAAAAUACAGAAAGUUCUGGAGAGUGUGCAGGAGCAGCUAAAACUGACUAAUGAACUAGGCAAUAACCAUAGACAUGGUUUUGAAGAGAACAAUAAACAUUUCAUUGAUGUCAAAUACACUACAGCUAGACAAAUUCAGGAUGUUGAGAAAAGACUUCUUGAUGAGCUUGUCACUAUAAGGGAUGACUUUGAUCGCCAAAGGCGAGACCUAGAAACUUUCUUUAGAAACCAGAUUCUAUCUGCUCAGCAGAAACAACUUCACACAAUUGAGCAACAUGUUCAAAAAAGUUUUGCAGAUAUGACAGAGGGUCUUAGUCAAAUAUUGUACAAGGCAGAUGAGAUGCAUGGAAAGCAUUCUGAAUUGAAGGCACUUGGUAAAUCUCAGCAAAGAGAGCUGGAAAAAUAUAUAAAAUGUCAGUCAACAGAGCAGGCUAAACAAAUAAUGAAGCAGAGUCAGGAUCUCUAUAGUAAACAACAAAAAAUAAUCCAUGAAGAAAUUAACCAGACAUUAGAAACUUUCACAAAGGAGCAGAAACAAGUUUUAGAUGAAAACAAGAACUGUCUAAAUGAGUUGAAGAAGUGUGUUUCUGAUAAAGAUACAAGACCGUGGCAGAAUGAAAAUGUCCCAAAAAUGAUUCAAGAUAAAUUAGAUGAACUGCACAAUUACCAUCAGUCGGAAAUAAAAAGACUUGAAACUGAAAUUGAAAACCAACAAAAGAAAAAUGACAUGCCACAGAAAGAAGCAAACUCAAGAAGCAAUGAAGAGGAUGCAGUAAAUAACAUUUUACAAAAUAUUUGUGAUCUGCAGGAAAAUGGAAAUGACAUAAAAGAAAGCAGUACAUAUCGAAGAAGAGACCGUGGGACAAUGUUCAAGAAUGGUCCGGGGUUAUUGUCACCUCGACCUCUACAAGGAACUUCUUGGAAUAGUAGAACAUUAUUUGGUAGGACCAAUCCAUCUCCCAUAGCUACUGUGCUGCCACAGAGAAAACAGGCACAGGACACCACGAUGACUGCAAAAGAUGCUGUUCAAACCAUCAAGGCAUAUGAACAUUCGGAUGAUGGACAUGCCCAGACUAGAUUGCUUGAGAAUAGAUACCGUAAAAAUGAGAACAUACAACCUGCUACAACAGGCAGACAGAAGUCAGUAAGAAUUUCACAUGAUACCUUUGUAGAUUCAUGUUUCAGCAGUGAAACUGCAGAUCAAAUCAGUAAUACAGCUGUGCAUUCUAUUAAUUUAAAGAAACAACAUAAGAAGAAACGCGGUAGGAAGAAAGGUGGAAAGAGAAAAAGGUCAGGGAAUAAUAUUUUUCCCAAACCUGGAAAUAAACCGAUAAAUGAAAAUAAACAGUCAAGUCAAAGAAAUACAGAUAGUUGCCAAAUUGUCAAAAUGGGUUGUAAUAAGAACAGUAUUGAUUAUGAAAGGAAACAAACAGACAGUAGCACAACAUCAUCUGAAGGAAAAGAAAUUUUAGAUACUUUUCAAACAAGCACUGUAUGCAGUGAGGUUGUUAGUCCAAAGAAUAUCUUUGAUUUUCAUGAUGAACUUUCUCCAGGACCAGUCCUGAGGAAACAAAAACAGAACUCUGUAUUAAUUGGCGAGACACUCCAAAUCAGUAAAUCAAAAGGCAGAUGGCUAGCAGCUAGUGAUUCCAUGUCAGGUAACAGCAGUGCAGACUCCUCACCAUCGCUUUCUGUUACAGAUAUAUUUAUCCAAAGGAAAGUUCAAGAUAUUCAGCAAGUAUCUGCAGUGUCGUCUGAUACUGAGUGCACUCCAAAUCUGAAAGAGCUGUCUACAGAUAUAGAUGAGCAAUAUGUCGGCACAAAUUUUAAAAAAGAGUUUCAAGAUGUUUGUGGACUACGUCGCAUUGCCAAAAAGAGAAAAUUGUGUGACUGAGCAAAAAAUUCUGCAGAUCAGAAAAUGGGAAAUGUUGAAAGAAAUACUGCAGUGAAUGGCUCGUACACAUUUUAUUGUACCAUACUAUAUCUGGAGAAAAGGGAGAGUCUGUCAGACUUCAUUUUUGAUCCAUAACUGUCAUCUGGCAAGAGAUUUUUAUUUCACCUGAAUGGAAGGUUCAGGAUGAGCUAUUAGUAUCGAUGGACUGUUUAGCAUCCAUCAUCUUUCAACCAUCAUCCACUUUUUACAUAAACAUCUUCUUUUCUGAAACUACCAGGGCCAGUUGUUCGAAACUUUAACAGGCGAUUAAGCUAACAGUUGAUUAACUUUUAGGGUUACUUUUCGACAUUUUAGAAGACUUAGAAAAACAAAUGUAUGAGAUAAGAAUUAUGAACAUUGAAAAAUCUUUACCAUGAAAUCAAAACAUCAUACUAGUUUAUCCAAUCAAGACCAGUGUUUUGAAUCAUAAUUUAACCAGCGGUUAGUUUAACAGCUGGUUAAAGUUUCGAACAACUGGGUCCUGGGCUCAAAUUAUGCACUCGCUAAAUGCGAAUAGAUUUCAAGGAAUGCGAGUAGAUAAAAAUGUCACACAAAUAUUUUUUGCACAUACAAAUAAUAGUCGACAAUGCCGCGUUUUUUUAGCUCACCUGUCACAAAGUGACAAGGUGAGCUUUUGUGAUUGCGCGGUGUUCGUCGUCCGUCCGUGCGUGUGUCCGUCCGUCCGUAAACUUUUGCUUGUGACCACUCUAGAGGUCACAUUUUUCAUGGGAUCUUUAUGAAAGUUGGUCAGAAUGUUUAUCUUGAUGAUAUCUAGGUCAAGUUCGAAAUUGGGUCACAUGCCAUCAAAAACUAGGUCAGUAGGUCUAAAAAUAGAAAAACCUUGUGACCUCUCUAGAGGCCAUAUAUUUCACAAGAUCUUCAUGAAAAUUGGUCAGAACGUUUACCUUGAUGAUAUCUAGGUCAAAUUCGAAACUGGGUCACGUGCCUUCAAAAACUAGGUCAGUAGGUCAAAUAAUAGAAAAACCUUGUGACCUCUCUAGAGGCCAUAUUUUUCAUGGGGUCUGUAUGAAAGUUGGUCAGAAUGUUCAUCUUGAUGAUAUCUAGGUCAAAUUCGAAACUGGGUCACGUGCGGUCAAAAACUAGGUCAGUAGGUCUAAAAAUAGAAAAACCUUGUGACCUCUCUAGAGGCCAUAUAUUUCAUGAGAUCUUCAUGAAAAUUGGUCAGAAUGUUCAGCUUGAUGAUAUCUAGGUCAAGUUUGAAACUGGGUCACGUGCCAUCAAAAACUAGGUUAGUAGGUCAAAUAAUAGAAAAACCUUGUGACCUCUCUAGAGACCAUAUUUUUCAUGGGAUCUGUAUGAAAGUUGGUCUGCAUGUUCACCUUGAUGAUAUCUAGGUCAAGUUCGAAAGUGGGUAACAUGCCUUCAAAAACUAGGUCAGUAGGUCAAAUAAUAGAAAAACCUUGUGACCUCUCUAAAGGCCAUAUUUUUCAUGUGAUCUGUAUGAAAAUUGGUCAGAAUGUUCAUCUUGAUGAUAUCUAGGUCAUGUUCAAAACUGGGUCAACUGCAGUCAAAAACUAGGUCAGUAGGUCUAAAAAUAGAAAAACCUUGUGACCUCUCUAGAGGCCAUACUUGUGAAUGGAUCUUCAUGAAAAUUGGUCAGAAUGUUCACCUUGAUGAUAUCUAGGUUAAGUUUGAAACUGGGUCAUGUGCCUUAAAAAACUAGGUCAGUAGGUCAAAUAAUAAAAAAAACCUUGUGACCUCUCUAGAGGCCAUACUUUUCAUGGGAUCUGUAUGAAAGUUGGUCUGAA